AUGAUGAUGCCCAAGGCCCGAGUGGAGGAUGGGGUUAUCGGCUACAAGGACUUGGCGGCGUUGCCGAGAGACAAGGCCAUUCUGGACAUCGAGCGACCCGACCUGAUGAUCUACCAGCCGCACUACAGCUACAGUCCACUAGAGAGGUCUCUGUCUCCUCGCUCCAUCUCUCCUCCUCCCUCCCCAGAGAACCUGCCCAAGGAUUGGCUGGAGAACCGUUCCCCUGGAGGUUCCUCUCCUGGUUCCACCUUCCAGACCAGCAGAACAGAGAGCACACACACCCCAUCAACACCACACACACCACACACACUGAACACACACUCCUCUGGCAACAAGAGCUCCGUGCAGCACUUCCACAGGCCUGAAAAUGGUUCCAACAUCUAUAAGAAGCCUCCGAUCUACAAACAAGACGUGUCGUCCUCUGUCGUCCCUCAGGGGAAACAAAUUGAGGAUCUGAUCAUCGAGUCAUCAAAGUUUCCAGCAGCUCAACCUCCCGACCCAAACCUGCCGUCCAAGAUCGAGACCGAAUACUGGCCCUGCCCCCCCUCCAUGGCUGUGAUUGAGAAGGAGUGGAGGAGGAAGGAGCAGAAGGAUGAAGAUGAAGAGGGGGAUGAGGAGCAGGAUGAUGAACUGGGGGGACUCAGAACUCUUCAGAAACAAGAACUCAACAAGAUUCAGUCUAAUCUUGGUAAAAUCAUCCUAAAGGAGGAGCUGGAGAAAUCUUCAACUCCUCUGAGGAGGAAAACUCGCUCCCUGCCCGACCGCAGCCAAAACACCGGGUCAAACGCCUCCAGGUCGGUUUAUUUCCCAGACUCCUCUAAGUCCAGCCUCUCCAGGCUUCAGUCUACAGAGUUCAGCUCCUCCCACAAAACUCCUGCAGGUCUCCAGAACGGAGACUCGAGGAUGGACAGAGGAAACUCUCUGCCCAGCAUGUUGGAGCAUCCGAUUUAUCCGUACCAGAUGCUGGUGGUGACUCACAGAGGACGAAGCAGACUGCCUCCUGGUGUGGACAGAACCAGACUGGAGCGCCACCUCUCUGAGGAGGAGUUCUUCAGUGUCUUCGGGAUGUCCAUCGACGACUUCGACUGCCUGUCUCUCUGGAAGAAGAACGACAUGAAGAAGAAGUUCUGUCUCUUCUGACUGCCGGGACUCCACCUCCCACAAUCCCCUGCAUCUCCUGGAUCACUGAUGGGAAACCACGCACUCUGAACAAACCUUCACUAUCAUCAUCUUCUUCUUCGUCUUCAGAGCAGCAGCGUGUCGACGUCUCUGGCUUCAGGUUUGAGUCUUCGGUCUCUGGAUGUUUGAUUCAAACGAUAAAAGACACAGCGAGAAGAAGAGUGGUGGGCGGGACUUCAGAGAGCUAGGGACCAAUUAAAAUGAGCCUGAGCAGAGUUUCUCUUUACUCCACAGGAAAGUCAAAUAAAUUUAGAUUCAGAAUCGUUAAGUCAACAACUGUUACUGAGCAGCAGCGCCCUCUGCAGCCACACGUCUCUGAGCGAUGAAGUGACCGUGUCGACCCACUGGUCUACCCAUGAUCCUCUGCUUCCUGACCCAGAAGAGCUGCUGCUGUAACAAAUCCACCGUCUCUGUUUAGAGUUCUCCAUGUUUUAAAGUUUCCUGCUGAAUAUUGCAGAUAAACUCUCAGUGUUUUUGAACUGAUCACAGUUCAGCUUUAAGGCUCAUGUAUUUUCCUACGUAUGAAAAGAGAUUCGUCCGUUUCAAACCAUGUAACCGUCACUGCCCACAGAGUUUCAGGUGGCAUGACAGUUUAGCAAUAUGUCCACUAGAGGACAGCACAGAGUCAAGUGUGUCUGACGGGGUGGUGAAGGUGGAGGAGGUUCGAUAACGUUCCUCUUGUCUCAGGUGAAAUAACAUCAUAUAGAUUCAGUUGUUUAUUACCAACUCGUAACAGUUCAUCCAUUUCUUCCUCGUGUCCUGGGAUCAUCACAGAACACGGACACAAGGCUCCAUGGUUUGAAUCUGCUGCUUUCAGGUAGAAAAGUUUUAAAGUGUCGAUUUAAGUUGAACUGGUUUUUACUGUUGAUUUAAAAUGAGCACGAUUUUAAAAGAUGCAACAUCAGCAGUUCACUGACUGAUCACGUGUUCGGCUGUCCACAUACUUUUGGUCAUUUAUUGUAUGUGACACGUUAAAUAAUGACUCAAAAAAGAUUUAGACUGAAACUAAGAUUGAAACUAAUUUUUAAAAGUUAAAAAAUGUUCAACUGUCAUCGGCUGAUUCUCCAAUCUGAACAGUGGCAGUGAAACACACACACACACACACACACACACACACACACACACACACACACACACACACUCCUGUUCUGUGUGCUGCAGAAAAACAAAAAUGGAACCAGAGCUCAGAGACAGAGUCUGUGUCUGAAAUCACUGCUGCUCACUACUGUGGACUCUGUUUCCCACAAUGCAUCGUGAACAAAUUAUUGUCACUGACCAGUCAAUAUAGACCAUCAUGCAUCAGAAAAAUGUGACCUGUCCUUCAAACGUAAACAAUUCUUUAAAAAACAUCAACAACAUUCAGCUUCAAUUUAAAUCAUUCCAGCUGUUGUUUAGCCUACACGUAGACAUGUACCCUA